GUGGGACAAGCCCGGGGGGCUUGAAGGGGGCUUUGCGCCGCAACUGACAGUUGAGAGUUCUACGUCAAGUUUCGCAGAUGCCACCUAAAGGAAAAAGCGGUUCUGGAAAAGGGGGAAAAGGGGGAGCAGCAUCUGGGAGUGACAGUUCUGACAAGAAGUCUCAGGGUCCCAAAGGUGGUGGCAAUGCAGUAAAGGUCAGGCACAUUCUGUGUGAGAAACACGGCAAAAUCAUGGAAGCCUUGGAAAAGUUAAAGUCUGGGAUGAGAUUCAAUGAAGUGGCCACACAAUAUAGUGAAGAUAAAGCCAGGCAAGGGGGCGACCUGGGUUGGAUGACCAGAGGGUCCAUGGUGGGACCAUUUCAAGAAGCAGCAUUUGCUUUGCCUGUAAGUGGCCUGGACAAGCCUGUGUUUACAGACCCUCCAGUUAAGACAAAAUUUGGAUAUCAUAUCAUUAUGGUUGAAGGGAGAAAAUAAAAUUGUAUGGAAUGCAGAUUA